AGGAAGGGAGCCCAUUUCAACCCCACUCGGGGGUUUGGCCGGGAUGACUACACAACCCUUUUCCCGGCUCCAGUAAUGUAAGUGCCUGACUCGUACGUGUUUCUUGAGAACAAAAAGUGACUUCAGGCCUGAAGAGAGAUGAGCAAUCCUCGAGACACAGGCAGAAAAAGUCCCAAGUGAGACAGGAAGCUAGUUCAGGAACCUGCUGGCUGCUGAUGUGUAAACUAGACAGCAGAGGCAGCACUGCUGACACGCAGCCCGCUUCUGCUGCCGUGCCUGCGAGCGGCCGCCGGGCUCCCGGCCAGGCCCCCUUCCCUCUCCUCGCUGGCUGAUGGAUACCAAGGGGUACUUCUCCUGGAGCCUCCUGCUGGUCCUGUCCCUGGCUUUUGGACUGAGCUACGUAGCGGGUAGGGGCGUGAUGGACUGCCCCAAGAGCGUCCAGCAGUUGGGAAGCAAUAUUUUGCUGCCUCUGACAAAUGAAAGGAUAAAUAAGAGCAUGAACAAAAGCAUUCGCAUUGUUGUCACCGUGGCAAAAUCACCAGAGAGCAGCGUCAAGAGGAAAAUCGUGUCUCUGGAUCUGUCUGAAGGGGGCUCUCCAGAAUACGUAGAGGAUGGUUAUCGGUUUCAUCCAGAAGACCUGAAACUGGGCCUCUUGGAAAGCAGGAAGGAGCAUGAGGGAUGGUACUUUCUGAGCCUGGAAGAAAACACUUCAGUCCAGCAAUUUUGUGUGCAGCUAAGUCUUUAUGAGCAGGUCUCCACUCCAGAAAUUAAAGUGUUAAACAGGACCCAGGAGAAUGAGAACGGGACCUGCAGCUUGAUGCUAGCCUGCACGGUGGAGAAAGGGGACCAUGUGGCUUACAACUGGAGUAAGAAGGAAGGCCUCCACCCACUGGGCUCAGCCAACAGCUCCCACCUCCUGCACCUCACCCUUGGCCCCCAGCAUGCUGACAAUAUCUACAACUGCACCGUGAGCAACCCAGUCAGCUCCCGCUCCCAGGCCUUCAACCCGUGGUCUAUCUGCAGGUCAGACUCCUCAGGUUCGAGACAGUGGGGACUGUAUGCUGGGCUGUUCCUAGGGGGCAUCGUUGUUGCCAUCAUGGUGCUUGAGGUGGUCAUCCUACUGUCCAGAAGAAGAGGCAAAGCUAACCAUUACCAAUCAACGAUGGAAGAGAAGAGCCUUACUAUCUAUGCCCAAGUCCAGAAGUCAGGCCCUCUUCAGAAGACACCUGAGACCCCAGUAACCCAGGACCCCUGCACCACCAUUUAUGUGGCUGCUGCAGAGCCUGUGCCAGAGUCUGUCCAGGAACCUAAUCCCAUCACAGUCUACGCCAGUGUGACACUUCCAGAGAGCUGACACCACAGACACAGUAAAGGGACUUUCUGAAGGAACGUAGAAGAACCAAAAUAAACACUGAACUUGGGCCCAGGCCCCAGGUUCCCCAUGACAGACGUUCUAUAACUUUGUACUCUUCUCGAACCAACCUCCCAGUGGUGUUUCUUCCAUGGACAACUAUGCACUGGACAAAGAAGUGAGGCUUCUCAAGCAUUUAACCCACUCUGCUGUGGGCACGGGCACAGGACAAAGAGCUACCUGAUAAGCUUUUCAUCUUUGUGGUAUAGCAGAUGGAAUGGACAGUGUGAGUCCAGACUUCUGGGCAUCCUACUCUUUGGUAGGACUGGAUAACAAAGACCAAAGAGAGUGCCAGGGCAUCUACUAGCCAUCUCAGACAGCUGAUGACCUGCCACAAAGCCUGGAAAAAUUUACAUCUUCACUGUUUCUGCUUUGUUCUGGAAGCUGGUCGUGAGUACCUGCACACCUGCCCAAGGCUCUGUGCCUCAGUUUCUCUCUCUGGAUGAAGGGUGCACGAAGAGUGAAGGAGGAAUUCCUUAUUAUAUAUAAAACACUCCAAGGUUACUCUACAAAAGAAGCUAAGGAAAUCAGUAUUUUAUUUGCAAAGCCCAGAAGCUAACAAGCCAAUAAACUGCACAAAUGACUUUGAGGUCUCUGGGCCCUCACCGAUGGAACGGAAACCAUCUAACAGUCUUCAAAGUACGGGUCUACACAAUGGCAUUCACUUGUAAAGAAAAGUGGCAGGUGUCUGGUGAUGCUGGUACAAAGGAACUUGGUGUGCUCAACUUGCCUCAUGGCGAUUUUUCACAUUCCAAAAAGGAUUCUUAAAUCCUGCUUUUUUUGUUUACUCUCUUGAGUGACAAACCUGAGGUCUCAGCUAAGACUCUCCACCUUGGUUCUGAACCCACUUCACAACCUGGGCCUCAUGCAGGUUAAGCGUCCCUACCAGACACUUCCUACUCCUGGAAUACCUCUCUUUGCACUAAAUGUACCUUUGAGUAAAAAAUUAAAUUAUUUUGGCCCAAUAGCUUCAAAUGAGUGGAUGCUCAAUAACUUAGAUUACAGGCUGCAGGCAAGAGUUUCUUUCUGUAAAGUCCUAUUUUCUUUAUAUUCUCUGCUUUCACAUAAGCUAUCUUUAUUUAAGCUCUUCUUUUUCUUGGCUUGUAUACCUUUGGUGAAUACUUUAAGAAAUAACCAACUCCAGUCCCAUAGUGUAGCUAAAGGAACCAACUUCCCAGCUCAAUUCUCUGAAGUCAAUUCACCUGCUGUGUUCUGUUGCUCAGUAUUAUUGUACCAUUCCCUGGUCCAACUUCUGAAAUAGGGCUCUUGGUUGCAAUCAACAGAAACCGAAUUUGCUUUAUGUGGAAAAAGAAUGCGUUGAAAAGACAUUGGGGAGCCAGCGCCGUGUCUCACUUGGCUAAUCCUCCACCUGCAACGCCUGCAUCCCACAUGAGCACCGGGUUCUAGUCCCGGCUGCUACUCUUCCAGUCCAGCUCUCUGCUGUGGCCCAGGGAGGCACCGAAGGAUGGCCCAGGUGCUUGGGUGCCUGCACCCACGUGGGAAACCAGGAGGAAACACCUGGCUCCUGGCUUCGGAUUAGCGUAAUUCCGACCGUAGCGGCCAUCUGGGGGGUGAGCCAACGGAAGGAAGACCUUUCUCUCUGUCUCUUUCUCUCACUAACUCUGUCAAAUAAAAAAAAAAAAAACACACACACAC